AGAUUUCAAGACAAGCAGCGAACCAUUCCUUCGUCACUUGGAACAAGUUCACAACAGUUCCUGGAACGCCAAAGUCCCUGAGAUGCACGAAACGUAGUGAAAUAAAUGGCUCUAACGACAGCUUAGCAGUGAAGGGAUUCGGAAAGGUGGCCACGAGCGGCGCUACACAGGACGCUGGGAAACGAUGGAGGGACAGGGACAUGAUGUGCCUGUGGAGGCAGACAGACAAACUACAUACAGUGGCGGAAGGCUAACUCACCAGAGGCUGGACGCGGCGGCGUGCAAGUGACGCCGCGCCCAGUCCCCAAGUGUUACCUGCUGAGCUUCUCGGCCUGUUCCUCAAGCCCCGCCCACAGCGCCGCUCCCCCGGCCAAUCAUACGGGUCACCUUCCUCUGCUAUUCUUCCACUAUUCUUCAGGAAACCCCACACCCCCUCGGCCUGCAGAGUAUAAAUAGCGGCGCGAACUUUGCAGCUUCGUCAGUCACUGCUCUGCCAGGUUGAGAACUGCUCGCAAAAAUGGUCUUCGUUUUGGCUCCCGCAACUAUCGUGCUGAUGAUGAUGGUCCUCGUGGCCGUCGCAGUGCAGGAGACCGCACGGAGACGAAGAAAGCAACAGAAGCAGCAAUACUUCCAACAAACCUCACCGACGACAAAGAGCAGUGACGACCUGGAGAUCGGCACCCUAACACCACUACCCGGCCCGACUCCAAUCCCCUUCUUCGGCAACCUCCUCAGCCUCCGGAAGUACAGCGAGUGCCCCUACCAAGGCUUCUCCGAGCUGAAGGAUAAGUACGGCCCCGUGUACGCUCUCAAGAUGGGAAGCACCCCAAGCGUGGUCGUCAACACCUUCGACACCAUCAAGGAAGUUCUUAUCAACAAGGCUAACUCCUUCGACGCUCGCCCAGACCUCCUCCGCUUCAAGCUCUACUUCGGAGGAAACCGCCAGCACUCCUUGGCCCUGUGCGACUGGAACGAACACCAGAAGCGCCGCAUGACCCUCACCCGCUCCUUCCUCAUGUUCCGCGGCCAGGAGAACAAUUUUUCCAAGUUCGAAGCCAACGUUGUGUCUGAGAUGCCCAACCUGAUCAACGAGGUGGAGAAGUCGCUGGGCCGCCCCAUGCAGGCCAAGGAGCUGCUGUCAUACUGCUCCCUCAACAUCUUCUCGGGCUACAUGUGCUCCAAGAAGUUCCAGUACGAGGAUAAGGACUUCCAGCAGGUGACACAGAACUUCGAUUACAUCUUCCGGGACAUCAACAACGGCCACGCCAUGGACUUCCUGCCUUCCCUGCAGCCUCUCUUCACCUCCUACAUCAACGAGAUCAAGUCCAACGUGUCCAGCAUCCGCCAGUACAUCCUGGACAACAUCUGCCUCGAGAAGUACGAGCGUCUGCGACAAGACCCUUCUGACGUGGAGGACUUAGUGGACGCCUGCUUUGCUAACCUUCUGACGAACAACGAGGAGGAGAAGUGGGACUGGCAGACCAUCCUGUACAUCGUGGAGGAUUUGCUGGGCGGGUCCAUGGCCAUCAGCAACAUCGUGAUGCGCCUUUUCGCCCACAUCCUGCAGAACCCACACGUGAUGGACGCCCUCCGCGCUGAGAUCGAUGAGAAGAUCGGGCGUGAGCGCACACCCACGUUGCAGGACCGCCACGAGAUGCUGUACAGCCAGGCCGUGCUGUACGAGGUGCUCAGGGUCACCUCCUCUCCCCUGGUGCCCCACGUGGCAAGUGAAGACUCCUCUGUGGGAGGUUACGCUGUCAAGAAGGGAUCCAUCAUGUUCCUCAACAACUUCGAGAUGAACUCUUCGCCCAGCCUGUGGGACGAGCCCAAUAAGUUCAUGCCCGAGAGGUUCCUGAAGGACGGCUGCAUUAAGAAGCCUGAGUACUUCAUCCCUUUCAGCACCGGCAAGCGCUCCUGCGUGGGCUCCAAGAUGGUGGCCAACACCGCCUUCAUAGUGGUCACCACUCUACUGCAGCGCUAUAACAUCGCCAUGGCAGACCAGGCCACCCCACACCUGCCCCAAGCCAAGAUCUCCCUGGACUGGAACCCCUUCCAGCUGGUGUUCACGCCGCGCGAGUGAGCUGACUGGCAGACACCACGUGUGAACCGUCUGCAUCCUCAUGAUUCGGGCUGCUGACUGACUCGCUACAACAAUCGUACACAUUGGAAACUGAUCAAACUUUGGUCACCUGUCAUCCAAAACUAGUACAAAGUUAUGGUUUCGUCAUCACUGAAGCUCCUCAACGAAACAUUGGGAAACUCUCUCGCAGAGGCCGAGAGGUGGUGUUGAGUGCCGGCCAGCGCACACCACCGCGCCCUGUCUCUCAGGCCACCUUGUCUUCCUUCAUUUGCCUAAAAAGUUGUCCAUCAACUCUCUCUCUCUCUCUCUCUCUCUCUCUCUCUCUCUCUCUCUCUCUCUCUCUCUCUCUCUCUCUCUCUCUCUCUCUCUCUCUCUCUCUCUCUCUCUCUCUCUCUCUCUCUCUCUCUCUCUCUCUCUCACUCUGGCGCCUGAGCACCUCCCCGGGAGAGUGGCGGCAACACGCCUCAGAGACGGGUAAGGCUGUCUCUCAAAGGACGUGAUUCACGGGUCGCACUAACUCACUACUACGCUUUAUAAGAUAACAAUUAACUCGGCACCCGAGGCGACGCGGCUCCUGGGCCGGCACCACCAUCAUCAUCACCACCACCACCACCGCCAUCCAGGAGCGUGUGCCCGCCUUCCGCCCACCAACAGUUAGGGAACCGACGCGACGCGUGUCAUUUCAUAUUUUAACUUCACAAAUUAACUUCGAUUAGUCGUUUUGAAGUUAGUUACUUCACAGUGAAAUUCUGCGUCUACUUUCCUACACUGAUAACUUUUAUGACUUUUCUCCCAACUGUCUCUGUCUCUUGCUGCCUGGCCUUGCUUGGCUUCACCUGGUCUGGCCCCUUUUGUGACUCUUUCCAUAACUGUCUCUGUUCCUUGCCGCUUGGUCUGGUCUGUCCCAGUCUGGCCCAGCCCUCUCUUAUGACACUUUCCACAAAUGUCUUUUGCCACCUGGCCUUGCCUGGUCUCUUCUGGUCUGGCUUGGCUUCGCCUAACCCUCUCUUCCUACAACUGUCUCUCUUCGCCAAGCCUGACCUGGCCUGGCGUGGCCUGGCUUGGCCCUCUCUUUCCUCCUCGCCUGGUGCUCGCCGCACCUCCGUGCUAAGAUCUUUACCAUGAACACUGCACACCUUUCGACCAUCAACACUCUCUACACUCUAAAGAUUCUUUCUCGUUAAUCUUGAUAGCAUUAACCUGAAGCCUUUAGCCGCUAGAUCUAACGGAGACACUUGCACUAGCUGUGGGUUCAACUAGUCCCUGAUAUUGUUGUUGGUGGCGCCGCGCCCCGCGGGAUGGUUUUCUGACACAGCCACCCCGCGGGACACCGCCGCUCACACAUUUAAUGUUAUGUUAGUAGCUUUAGCUCUACUUAUAUUAAAAAACAUUUGCUAAUAAAAGGAUUGCUGAAUGAUGGAGCGCCGCCACUAGUAUGUCCGUGCCCCGCUGCAGCCCCGCCGUGCCGCAGCCUCAUGGGCGCCACUUGUUUACUCUUAAGUAUUCGAGCGAUCCUCCCAUGACAACGCCUUCAUCGCUACCAGCACUCAGACUUCCCAGCGGAUGCCACACAGACCGCCCUGCCCCGCGCCGCGUCGGCUAGUGGGCAGCCCCGCUCUCCAUCCUUCACCCUCUGUCCCGCGGCUCAUCGGCCCCCACUCUCCCUCCUCACGCUGUCGGAGGCCCCUCAUCGGCCGCGCCUGUAACCCAUCUCUCCUGUAUUUAUUUUGACAUCUAUUGCAUCUGUUGUGUUUCAUACCAUUUGUGCUUUGUACUGGAAUAAAAGAUUUGAUACUGAA